AUGGCUGGUGCUGCUGCUGGUCAUCGUCUCGCCUCUUGCACUGUCUCAAGGGCUUUCUUCCUUUUGGGUCUGCAUGGAUUGAUGGACCCCACAGCAUCAGCAGCUGACAACCCCGUAAUGGGGAAAGGGCCGGCGCCUGACGCCACUUCUGAGGACCCGCCACUAUCGGUCCCAGCUGGGGAACGCGUGCUCUACACAAGGGUAUUCUUUCGGUGUGUAGUACCACAGGAGUACGCCACUAAGUUGAAGGAGGAUAACGGCAAAGUGGUCGUGGUUGGGGACUGUGCAUCCUUGGGUCACUGGGACCAUCGGCAAGGGGUCGAGCUGUUCACCCAGGAGGACAUGUUCCCAUGCUUUUACACCGUGGAACCUGUGAAGUUCCAAACUAAAGUCCGCGUAUCUUAUCAAUACGCUUUAGUGAGCCAGGAUGGCAACCUGUUCGCCUAUAUUGAUAAGGACAAGCGAAGUAUGAUACCAACAGGAGGGGAAAUGACUGUCGAGGACGACUUUGGCAUGUAUCGGAAUGCCCUGCACCCUGAGGAUGUCUCUUCUCUUUUUGACGAUCGGUCGAGUGUCGAGGCGUCUAGUCAGAUCUCACAGACGCCUGAGACGAAUGCCCACAUUCUCUUCGAGCAACGGAUGGCGGCAAUUCGCUCUUUGGAAUCCUUCCCGCCUCUAGAGAGCAACAAUGGUGUGCUCAUGGUCAGCUUUGAGCUACCUGUGAAAGUUGAAAAAGUGAAUGGUGAAUGGGUAGCUAGAGUGUCGGAGUCGGGUAAUGUGAUGCCCUCAAUGUACCAACUGCGACAUCAAUACCCGGUUAGAGUCAUGUUUGUUGGCUGGCCAGGAGUUCAUGUGAAGGACUAUACGGAGCAAAGAGAGAUCCGCGAAUUGCUCUUGGAUUAUGACUGCAUACCUGUUUUCCUCGCUGAAGAUCUAUACCACAACUUCGUCAACUUCUGCGAUAGGUUUCUCUGGCCCAUCUUCCACAGUGUCGUCAUGUCCUUCGUUUACGAUGAUAAUCCACGUCCCUUUGACCUACAGCAAUGGGCAGCCUACCAAACAGUGAACCAGAAGUUCUCAGAGGUGGUGUGGACAUCAUGUCGAGAGGAUCAGGACAUGGUAUGGAUCCAUGAUAUAUAUCUACUACUCAUGCCGAUGCUGGUUGGCAGGAAGCUGCGCACAGCUAAUGUUGGCUUGUUCCUCCAUACCCCGUUCCCGAGCUCGGACUUGUAUAAGUGUCUACCUGUGCGAGAAGAGCUCCUUAAAGGGAUGCUCUGUGCGGACUUGGUGGGCUUCCAGUUCUUUGAAUAUGAGAGACACUUCCUGACCUGUUGCAAAAGGAUACUUGGACUAGAUUAUCAUUUCAAAAAGGGAGGAUUCGUCUCAGUAGACUAUUUGGGAAGGGAGGUUGCCUUACGAGUUGGUCAUGCUUGUAUUCACUAUGAUUACACAAUGCAGAAGAUGCAGGAUCCUUUAGUCAUAGAGAGAGCUCGAGCCCUUCGAACCCACUACGGCGAUAACGUUAUAGUCUAUGCUUCUGUUGACCGGUGUGAUCGACUUUCUGGAAUUGGUUUGAAGUUCCGUGCGUGGCGGUUGUUUCUGGAGCAGCAUCCUAAUGUAGUAGGAAGGGCCGUGCUUCGACAACAUGCCUAUGUGCCGAAAACUCACUCGACUAAGCUGGCAUAUAAAUUGGCCUGCGAAUUGACCGAUAUUGCAGCCUCGAUUAAUAAACAGUUCGGAAGUGAAGUUAUCCAUUUCGAAUCGGGACCACUAAGUGUUGUUGAUCGGAUGGCAUUAUUGCGCGUUGCGGACGUCCUGCUGGAUACGAGCGUGAAGUCGGGUCUCAAUUUGGUCCCUUUUGAAUAUUAUGUGGCCCGUGCUGCCUUACCACCGACUAGCCCGACUAACCUUAGAGGAGCAGUCAUGUGCAGCGAGUUCUCGGGGUGUUCUCGAGUGCUUAUUGGCAGUCUUAGUGUGAACCCGUGGAACACAGACAAGCUUGUCCUAGCUAUUCAGGAUGCAAAGCACAUGCUGGGUACCCCUGAGCUUGCCGAGCGGCUUUACCGUGAUACGGCCUACGUUUCGAGUCACUCCCUGCUUUCUUGGGCGGAAGAUUUCCUGUGUGAUCUCCGCAGGGCAAGAAAGAAGGCUGAGAUGAUGUAUAUCACUUAUGGAUUCGGGGCCAACUUCAGGUUGAUGGGACUGUCUGAGGACUUCCAAAGGUUGGAACAUGAGGAGAUCCUCGCCGCGUAUAAGAGGGCCAAGUUCAGAGUACUCUUCCUCGACAACGAAGGUAGUUGCCUCAUUUGUGGUGUGGCUUCUUCGGGACAGUUCCCUAGCUCGUCCAGUGAAGGGGAGCUGACCAAUCUACAUAUGCAUGGUAGUCCACCGAGUGAGACGGUCCUGCAAAUGCUGAGAGUGAUGUGUCGGGACCCUCGUAAUGUGGUAGUGAUCUUGAGUGGUCGCAGUCCGGACCACCUUGAGAAGUGGUUCAGCAGUGUCGACCACAUUGGCCUGGCAGCUGAGCAUGGGUACUAUUACCAAGUACCUGCCCUCAACGGUCCUGAUCAUCAACAGGGUGUUUCCUCGUCCCGUCGGCAUUGGGAGUGCCUUCUCAGUGAUAGUUAUGCUUCUGAAAGGGACGACACGUCGUGGAAGGCCAUCGCUAUGGAGCUGAUGAAGCAGUAUGUAGCCCGGACACAGGGAUCGUAUAUCGAGUAUAAGGGGUCGGCAUUGGUGUGGCAGUAUGGGGAUGCUGAUCCUGACUUCGGGCAGUGGCAAGCGAAGGAGCUGGCCAACAGCUUGGAAGAACUCCUCGACACGUAUAAUGUGGAGGUGGUAUGUGGCAAGGGCUUUGUAGAGAUAAAGUUGAAGGGUGUCAAUAAGGGUGUGGCGGCACAGAUCAUACUCCAGAAGCUCUCGAGCAUUCGUGGUCAACCGGACUUUGUGCUUGCAAUGGGAGAUGACCAGUCUGAUGAGCUAAUGUUCGAGAAGUUGAAGAACCUUUACGAGCCCAAGUCGUCUCCCAUCCCUGUACAUGUUGAGAGCCCUAAGCAUCGCCCACCGUCACCGGCCGGCUCUGCUGGUAAUACAAGCUCAAUUGAACGGCCUAAGCGAACGCUCGGGUUGAACUCUGGCAGUAUUCAUCGUGAUCUCAACCAGUUGGGUACUGGUGUGCGGAGGCCGCCCUUCAGUACGACACCGUCAUCGAAGGGUGCUCAAGCGGCGACAUGGAAGGAAGAUGGUGGUAACCUAGGGCUGCUGGCAUCACAUGGCACCAGCACUCGACGACCACAAGGCGAGGCAUCGACUCAGCAUGCCAAGAGCAUCACUGAGGUCUUCACUGUCUCCGUUGGAAAGAAGCCUAGUCAUGCUAAAUGGUUCGUAGCUGACCCGCACGAGGUCUCUGACGUGCUGGCUUCUUUAGCAACUGCAUCGUCCUCGGCAGCUUGUGCAGGGUAUGAGGUUCUAAGUUCGAAUACUUGCCCAGCCUGGGGACGCCAGUUGAAUACGUGCUCAGUUGGGCGAGCUGCUGGGGCUCUGGCCGGACCUGCUUAUGGUCAGCAAUACGAGGGGAAUCCGGACAGCUACAUGUUCUCAUACGAUGAGAAUCUUGAGGAGCAGGAGCUUCUUAUGACUCAUGGUGAUUCUGGAGAGGAAAGUGGCGAGGAUGACGAGAUGGCGGAACUCCGUCAGUAUCUAUAUUAA